UGGACUCAGCAGGGCCACAGGUCUGCCAGUGACCGCCCCCCACCUCUCAAACGCUGGAGCCAAGGUGCCCCUGGGUGCCGAGCGCGGGUGGCGCCGCCGGAGGGUAGAGCGUCUGUGGCAAGGCAGCGUCAGGAAGGGGGCUCAGCUCCCCUUCAGCAUUUGCAUCGACCCCCUUGGACUAACUGGGCUUUGUUUCUUAGGCUCACCCGUCUCUUCAUCUCGAGGUGGUACUGCCUGGGCGUAGCAGUUGUGCUGCUGGUCAUCUCCGCCUUGAGGAACAAAGACCUUCCCCAGCCAGCACCCGCCGCCGCCACCCUGACUGACGGCACCUUCACCUUCCACUUCAACUGGAGUGUCUACGAAGCCCUUUACCCCCACCUGCAGCACUACCAGUGCCAGGAAGUGAUCGCCAGGGACUCCUUGUGCCAGGGCCCCGCCAGUGCCCCGCUGCUCCUCCUCGCCAUCAAAUCCCACCCGGCCUCCGGCAGCAGGAGGGCCGCCCUGCGCCGCACCUGGGCCCGGCCGGCGGAGGUGGGGGGCUUCUGGCUGCAGCCCCUGUUUCUCCUGGGGGCAGCGUCCAGCGACAAGCACGCCCAGCUGGUGGAGCAGGAGAGCCGCACCUUCGGCGACAUCCUGAUGUGGGAUUUUGCAGAGUCUCACCACAACCUGUCCCUCAAGGAGCGCUGCCUCCUUCGGUGGGUCCACCAGCACUGCCAGCGAGCGGCCUACAUCUUCAGAGGAGAGGACGGGGUGUUUGUGAACGCAGCAGCCCUGACCGGGUUCCUCCGGCAGACGCCCAACGCCUCCCACUUCAUCCAUGGCAACAUCCAGUUCCACCCUGCCGUGAAGCGGAUCGGGCGGGACGCCGUCCCCCUCCUCCUGUUCCCCUCGGGCCGCUACCCCCACUUUGCCUCGGAAGAGGGCUUUGUCGUGCCCGGCCCUGCCCUGCCCGCCCUCUACCGGGCCUCGGCCCAGCUCCCUACCUUCCCCCUCAGCGGCGCCUACUGGGGCCUCUUGGCCUUGGCCGCCGAGCUCCCCCACCAGCACAGCGGGCACUUCCGGGCCUGGGAGCCCGCGCAGGACCACCUCACCAUCUACCAGCAGUCCCUGGUCGUCCACAGCAUCCCCAUGGAGAGGAUGGAGCAAGUCUGGCAGGAGCUCCGCGCCUCCGUCGAGGGGAGGCCCGAGUGAAAACAGCCGAGAGUUCUGCCCACCAACACCCCUUUCUUGACUCAGACGAGAUUUCGAGCCAGCAGCCUGCGCUUCCAUCUUGGAGUCCAGGAAAGGCGCCCCUUGAUGACGACGCCGUUGCCCUUGCCGUUUGGCUCUUCCUCAGUAGAGCUUCAAGCUCUUGCCCCCCGAGCCUCAGUUUCUCAAAGCCUGUUCAAGCAGUUCACCGUAUUCUGUUAUUAAAAGGUCUCCCAGGCAAGUGUAAGUGUGUAUGCAUGUGUGUGCACGCAGGCAAGUACUCAUAGGCCUCCAGACCAUCAUGUACGAGCAAGCAAGGAAAAUGCCCAGAUGCUCCAGUGCCCCCAGGGAAGGGGGACAUCUGCAAUUCUUAGUCCAAAUUCCACACGUGAGAGGCGCACAGCCGCACCAGCUCAGUGGCAAACUUCCCAAGGGCUCA